GGAGGACUUGAGCUGCUGUUUCAGAACCAGAGGAACCUGGACGUUGUUGUGCCUGAGCGGGGGGAUGGAAAACGACCGACGAUAAGAGACGCUCUGAUCUAUCUCAAGGAGCAGCACGUGCGCGAGAGGCCAGAAAUGUUCCUACAAGGAGAGACAGUCCGUCCAGGGAUCCUCGUUCUCGUCAACGACGCAGACUGGGAGCUGUGCGGGGGAGCGGAGUACGAGCUACAGGACGGGGACGCUUUAACAAUCAUCUCGACUUUACACGGAGGGUGA